GCCGUGUACAGCAGCAACGGCAGUCCACGUCUUUCUCGUCUGGCGGGAGGACGCGCACGCGGUCGACAAUGACGCCGCAGAUCAAGCUCUCGACCCUGCUGCUCCUGGUAGCCACUCUGUGGCGGCCCAGUUUCCAAGAGGUGGCCAGGGAAGGCUCCGGCAGCGGGGCCAAGAAGGCCGAGCCCUUGUCGGGAGGCAUCGCUUUGCCCGACCUCUACCUGUGGACUGACUCCGGCCUCAAAGGCGACCUGUCCCUGCCCGACGCGCCGCACGCGCUCCUCGACGUGAACUACGCCGGCGUGGUCGUGUCCGAACUCAACAAGACGUACACGGUCGAACAGACGAAGGACGCCCCGGAGGUUUGGCUGCGGGGCUACCUCAGGUGCGGCUCUCCGUACUCGCUGCUCAUGGUGGAUCCGGACGCGCCCAGCCGCAAGCAGCCGGAUAAGCGGAGCUGGCUCCACUGGAUGGUGCUCAACGCGGCGAGCACCGAGCGCUUCCACGACGGAGACGUGGCCAUGCCGUACGAGGGUCCGAACCCUCCCCAGGGGUCGGGACCCCACCGGUACGUGCUUCUGGUGUACUGCCAGGACGGGGCGCACCUGAGCAAGGAGGAGGUGGCGCCCAAGGAGAGGCCCAGCUACAGGGUCGCCGACUUCGCCGAGAAACUGACCACGAAGAUGCCCGUAGCGGGAUGCUUCUAUUACGUCGAGAACGCCUGAGUGGAAGUCGGCGUCGCAAGACACCUUCAAGCGCGCGGCGAGUAUAUGCUGCGGCACCGCGAGACGCGUACGUUGUGCCAGCAUGGCCGUCGCUGAACUGUGUAAUACACCCGAAAUACCGUUUGUAUAGGGCGAGUUCGUACGAUAAAAUUUUCAAACAAGAA